AGUAUGGGAGGUGGAGAGUGGGUUAAUGGAGGGAGGAUGGGGGGCGGAGAAAGCCAACGACACAGCUUUCUUUCCGAUAAAGAGCCCGAGCCGGGGCUGAGAGUACCGUAACCUGAUGGUACAGUCUUGGGGGGGGGAUUAGAAAAGAUUCCCCAGACACGUGACACACUACUGCCACCUCCACUGUCGCGACCUGUCCGCGCUCUUCCGGCUCGGUGUGUAUUCUACACUGAGGGCCAUGGAUGAAGACCGGUGUGGGGAACAAAUGAGACCUCUGCUCACUACGGGACUUGAUGAAGAAGCUAUUGUGGACCUGGGGAAGACAAGUUCUACAGUAAACACCAAUUUUGAGAAGGAGGAACUUGAAAGUCACAGGGCUGUUUACAUUGGUGUUCACGUGCCAUUUGCCCGACAGAGUCGUAGGCGACAUAGACAUAGGGGUCACAGGCAUCAUCGAAGAAGAAGAGAGAAAGAGAACGAUAAGGAGGAUGGAAGAGAAUCCCCCAACUAUGACACCCCUUCCCAGCGUGUACAGUUUAUUCUUGGCACUGAAGAUGAUGAUGAAGAGCACAUUCCUCACGACCUGUUUACAGAAAUGGAUGAACUGUGUUUCCGGGAUGGUGAUGAAUGUGAAUGGAAGGAAACUGCAAGGUGGCUCAAAUUUGAAGAAGAUGUAGAAGAUGGUGGAGACAGGUGGAGCAAGCCAUAUGUGGCUACUCUUUCAUUGCACAGUCUAUUUGAGCUAAGAAGCUGCAUACUUAAUGGCACAAUAAUGCUGGAUAUGAGAGCCAACACAAUUGAAGAAAUUGCAGAUAUGUUGUUGGAUAACAUGAUUGGGUCCGGUCAGAUGGAUGAAGCCAUAAGAGAGCCAGUCAGAGAAGCUCUCCUAAAAAGGCAUCACCACCAAAAUGAGAAGAAACUGAGUAACCGUAUUCCGCUGGUCCGAUCCUUCGCUGACAUAGGCAAGAAACAUUCUGAACCUCAAUUGCAUGAACGAAACGGGGAAGGCCUUUCUGCCUCCCGUAACUCGUUGCGAGCAGAAUCUCGCCUUUCUCUCCUCCUCAAUUACCUUCUUCCUCCUUCGAGAGCUGGGACCCCAGCAGGCUCCAGGCGUUCAACUCCUGUGCCUACCCCCCAAAACACACCACCCUCCAGCCCUACCCUCAAUCGCCUGCCCUCUACAGGUUCUCAGGAGAUUGAGCAUUAUGUCCCAAAACCUCCCAUUAUUGAUGUUAUCCCUAUUGUCAUAAUUCACCCGCCAGAGGAGGAUGUGGAGAUGCAGCAAACGUUGGACACGAAGAAGCAAGAUGAUGGUGACAUUGAUUCAGGGCUUCUGUCCUCCCCACAGUCUGUAUCAGGAAAUCUGGAUUCUAACAAAUCAUCAGAGCUGAAGCGAAAUGCAACAGGAGGAAGUCUGGAGAACAGUACAGUUGACUUCAGUAAGGACCCUGCCUCCUGGCACUGUAAUUGUGGCACACUAAUAACGGGACGCAAGAGGUCAGCUGUGGACAUGAACUUCAUGAGGAAAAUUCCAGCUGGAGCUGAGGCGUCAAAUGUACUGGUGGGGGAGGUGGAUUUUUUGGAUCGGCCUAUCAUUGCAUUUGUAAGAUUAAGUCCUGCAGUCUUGCUGUCUGGACUCACAGAGGUUCCAAUUCCUACAAGGUUUUUGUUUAUUUUGCUGGGUCCAACUGGAAAAGGAGGACAGUACCAUGAGAUUGGAAGAUCCAUUUCUACCCUUAUGACUGAUGAGAUAUUUCAUGAUGUUGCUUAUAAAGCAAAAGACCGAAAUGACCUACUUGCUGGAAUUGAUGAAUUUCUUGACCAGGUGAUGGUCCUGCCUCCAGGAGAGUGGGAUCCAUCCAUUCGUAUUGAGCCACCAAAAAGUGUUCCCUCCCAGGAAAAGAGAAAGAUACCAACCAUACCAAAUGGGUCAACGCCAACAGGCGAAACAAUUAAGGAAGAGCAACAUCACACUGGUCCAGAGCUGCAAAGGACUGGAAGGCUUUUUGGUGGCUUGAUGCUUGACAUCAAGAGGAAAGCACCUUUUUUCUUGAGUGACUUCAAGGAUGCAUUAAGUCUGCAGUGCCUGGCCUCCGUUCUUUUCCUAUACUGUGCCUGUAUGUCUCCUGUAAUCACUUUUGGAGGUCUUCUGGGAGAAGCAACACAAAACAGAAUAAGUGCAAUAGAGUCUCUCUUUGGAGCAUCAUUAACGGGAAUUGCAUAUUCUCUGUUUUCUGGGCAACCUCUCACUAUAUUGGGCAGUACGGGGCCUGUCCUUGUUUUUGAAAAGAUUCUGUUUAAAUUCUGCAAAGAUUAUGAGCUAUCUUACUUGUCCUUGCGUACAAGUAUUGGUCUUUGGACAGCGUUCUUAUGUCUCUUGCUGGUUGCAACCGAUGCAAGCAGUUUAGUGUGCUACAUCACUCGAUUUACAGAAGAAGCAUUUGCUGCACUCAUUUGCAUUAUAUUUAUAUAUGAAGCUUUGGAGAAACUAUUCCAUUUAGGAGAGAAUUAUGCAUUCAACAUGCACAAUGAUCUAGACCUUUUGACACAGUAUUCUUGUGUGUGUACUGAGCCACUCAACCCCAACAAUGAAACUUUAGCUUUGUGGAGUAAAGCUAAUAUCACAUCAAGUGAGGUACCAUGGAACAACCUCACAGUCACUGAAUGUGUACGUUUGAAUGGUACCUUUGUUGGCUCUGCCUGUGGACACCACGGUCCCUAUAUACCAGACGUUUUCUUUUGGUCAUUUAUUUUAUUCUUCACAACUUUUUUCCUGUCAUCUUUCCUGAAGCAGUUCAAGACUAAGAAUUAUUUUCCAACAAAGGUUCGCUCUACUAUCAGUGACUUUGCAGUGUUUCUGACAAUCGUGAUUAUGGUUCUUGUAGACUAUUUGGUGGGGAUUCCUUCUCCCAAGCUUCACGUUCCUGAGAAAUUUGAGCCUACUUUAAAAGACAGAGGCUGGUUAAUUGAUCCUCUGGGUAACAACCCUUGGUGGACAUUAUUAGCAGCGGCUAUUCCAGCCUUGCUUUGUACAAUUCUCAUCUUCAUGGACCAGCAAAUCACUGCAGUCAUCAUAAACAGGAAAGAACAUAAGCUGAAGAAAGGCUGUGGAUACCAUCUUGAUCUAUUCAUGGUUGCCAUUAUGCUUGGAGUGUGUUCAAUAAUGGGACUACCUUGGUUUGUUGCUGCAACUGUUCUAUCCAUCAGCCAUGUUAACAGCUUGAAAGUGGAAUCUGAAUGCUCUGCCCCCGGAGAGCAGCCAAAAUUCUUGGGAAUAAGAGAACAACGAGUAACUGGCCUUCUGAUCUUUGUUAUGAUGGGGCUCUCCGUUUUCAUGACAUCUGUUUUAAAGUUUAUACCAAUGCCAGUCCUGUAUGGUGUUUUCCUUUACAUGGGUGCAUCAUCUCUCAAAGGCAUUCAGUUUUUUGACCGAAUCAAACUGUUUGGAAUGCCAGCCAAACAUCAGACGGAUCUAAUCUACUUGCGAUAUGUGCCUCUCUGGAAGGUUCACGUAUUUACAGUUAUUCAGCUUACUUGCCUUGUCCUUCUGUGGGUUAUUAAAGCAUCUUCAGCUGCUGUUGUGUUCCCAAUGAUGGUCCUUGCUCUAGUUUUCAUCCGCAAACUUUUGGACUUUUUCUUUACCAAAAAAGAAUUGAGCUGGUUAGAUGAUCUGAUGCCUGAAAGUAAAAAGAAGAAGGAAGAUGAUAAGAAGAAGAAAGAAAAAGAAGAGGCCGAAAGAAUGCUCCAGGCUGAGGAGAGUGAUGUACAAAUUGAUUAUGAAGGAAGGAACCUUCUUCAGAUUCCAGUCAAGAACUUGAAAUACAGCCUUGACCCCUCUGUUGUAAACAUAUCAGAUGAAAUGGCCAAAACUGCUCAAUGGAAGGCUCUUUCCAUGAAUCCUGAGAGUGCCAAAGUAACCAGACCUAACCUGAGCCCUGAUAAACCCGUGAGUGUGAAAAUCACUCUAGAAGACACCUCGUCCCGGAAAUAUGUGGAUGCUGAGACUUCCCUAUAAAACUGGGCAAACAGAAAGUGUGCGAAUGUGAGAGAGUAUGUAUGUAGUGUCUAUAUGUAUGAUGAUGAGUGAAUAGAAGACUGAGUGAAAAAAAAAAAACCAAAUACUGUAUGCACACCUCAUAAAUUAUUAGCACUGUAAAUACUGUAUAAGAUGUUAACAGGCUAUCAAACUGUAAUAAUAUGGCACAGGAUGAACACUCAAAAAUUAUUUAUUCAUUAGGAACUUUUAUAUAAUUUUUUUAAUGGAUUUUAUGGUGUAUUUAAAAGCCUGUCAGAAUGCUAAAGUGUUUUUGAAGGGCCAUUUUGACAGGAAGUGCUCCACAAAUGACCCGAUUUGUCAUUCCUGUUCUUUCCAUAACAAAACUAUUUUACCAUUCUAGUUUUUUUUUUUUUUUGUUUUUUUUUAGUAUUUUUUUUUUGUCUGCGUUCAUGAGAUACAUAUUACACAUUUCUCUAAAUGUCAUUUUUAGUAACUCCUGAUUCAGUCAUUGGGAAUGGUGUUGUUCCAACUAGCCCAGUUACUAGCAUCAGCAGGGUUGGCUGCAAAUAGAUAUACACAAAUCAAAUGUGCCAGUCAUAAGGUGUAGCUGAACACAUGGAAUAAAUUAAACCUUGGUGUCUAGUGUCUAUUUGUACAAAGUUUAUCAGUAGUGUAGGAGUUCCAGCUUUUUUGUUUGCCUGGUUUACACUUUUAAUGGACACUGAAAAUUGUCUCCCUUUGUUUCUCCCUUUGUUCCUGGCCUGUAAUUUCAGCAACAUGACCAUCCUAAAGCCUGCAGCCUUAUGUGCCCGUGGCUUAAGAAAUCAUUUGGGCCUUAAAAAAAUCCCAUUGCCCAAUGACUACUUUGGUCCUGGGAUGCAGUCAUGGGUCUGUAGGGAUCCUCUCAAAUUGUUAACCUAAGGGUCAGACUAUAGGAUCUAUCUAAAUUAGUCUUUAGUGGCUAAAAUGUGCAGAUACUCAGCUGUUGAGUAAACUGGUAGAAUGUGCAAAUAGUACAGCGGUGUGGGUACCUUUCAUUGUUACUGCUAGCUUAAAUCACUAUUCCUGAUUGUUUACCAUUUUAGGAGAAUCUAUACAUAUUCAAACUAAGUUCAAGCAAAGGAAGAGAGAAACAAAAAUAUUUUCCUCUUCUAUGAUCUGCUACACACUUUCCAAACAUGGAACACAUUUGUGGUUCCCUCCAUGAUUUAAUGAUUAUCCACAGUAUUUCAGAUUUUUUGCCCUAAGCAAUAUUUUGAACUCUGUUUAGUGUUUGUAAUCAAAAAUUAGUAAUCUGCUAUACUGCUAUACUAGGGGUUUUUUUUUUUUGCCUGUAUGUAACUAGCAGCAGUAAUGUUGUGAAAUGACCAAUCAUAUAUUUCCAUUUCUUUCAGGGUAUUCUCUUCAGCACAUUUUUAUACUAGAAAGAUCAGAUGGGUUUUCAUAGUCUAAUGUGAUAAAAGUGGUUUUGUUUUUCAAAAAGAAAUUAACAAAGCUAGAGAAUUAGGAAAUCAUUUAGGUUUUUUUUCUGCAACUAGUACAAUGCGUUUACAGUCGACUGCUUAAGUCCUGCUUAAGAAUAAAGGUAAGUUCAGUUUUUGAAAGGAUAUGCUUCUAUAAUUGAAAACAUGGUUGGCUAUUACUGUGCUGUCUCCAUAAAGCAGAACUCUGCACCCAUAAUUUUGAAGACCCAAAUAUACCCAACAUUUAUGUUUUUCGAUACUUUCUUACUAUUUUUCCUACAUUGGAACAGAGUAAAAAAAAUGGGUCACCAUUGUAGUUCUCUUUAACAGUAUUACAGACUUUGAAAUAAUUAUAUUGUAUUUAAACAAAUUUGGUACUGUGGGAAAAAAAAACACAACACAAAAAAUUAAAUUGGUGGGAUUUUUUAUUUCUCUAACGCAGAAAAGCUGGGAUCCCCAUUUCCAUGUGUUUGUUGCUGAAAUCUUUGGAGCAUAAUUAUAAAGUAGUCUAUUGAACUUAAUAAUAACUUAGUAAUAAAUGCCAGGCUGUUCAGGGUUCCCUGUGCCCUGGUUAUGAAAGUAUUUUUGCCAAAAGUAUACUCUGUACAGGAAGAAACUGGUAAACUUGCAUACAAACUGGUGUACUAAGUGCUUGUAAAACUGGUCUAUGUAAAAAAAAAAUUCAGCUCAGUCUGGAUCCAAAAUUAGUAUUUACACAUUGAUUUUAUUUUUUACACAAGUUAAUAAAUAUGCUCCUUAGUAUGUUUAGGCUUGGUCAGACCAAUCGUUUUCUCCAAUGGUGGAAAACCACUGGCAGAGAAAUCCUUUUAGGAGAUGUGUAGUGGCAGUCUCACUGUUUGACAUUGGCUUUUGGCUAAGCAUCUUAAAGUUUAAAGAAACACCCAACUACAAAAUAGUAGGCCCACAUUGCAACUACAGUUUAAAUUUGCCGUCUAGUCCAAAUGUCAUUCAUCUUUUCCUUAUAUAUAUAAUAUAUUUUAUUCACAAAUCCUUUUCCUGGAUGUGGUAUGCAUUUGUGUUGUCUGCCUGUGCGGUUUUAAUUUCUUUAAUUUUAAUAUUUUUUUUUAAUUCUUCUUUGAAAAUGUUUCAGGCUGUUUUAUGUUUUACACCAUACAAGUUGUUUGCAGUUUU